AUGAGCUUGAUCCGAAAAUUUCUAUCGACUCGCCCAUCUUUCGCGUUCCAUUACAUCAAAAACACAUUUACCACAUGCUCUCAUCACGGCGGCCUUUACACAUCCGCCGAAUUUCCACUACGCCGAUCGCAUCAAACAUGUGAAUUCCCACCUUUCUCACCUAAAUCUAUUCUUUCUCGAUUCCAUCCACUCACAUUUUCCAAGUCCCAAAUUCGAAACCUAUCGACUCCUGUUGACAAAGGUUUUUCAAAAUCCACGCUCCGUCCUCGUCUCCGGCAUCGAUCACGCCCAAAACUCGUUUCCGUUCUUCCGCGGUCUUCUGGCCGUCUUGCUAACGGCACGCCUCGAAAUCCAGCCGCCGUCCACUCUGUCUACGACCCCGUCCUCAAAAGAUUUAUCAAGAAACAUCCACCACCCAAUGUCCUUCCGCGAAUAGAUGAAAACUCAGGAUCGGGAUAUUUUAAAAUUACUUUGCGUAGAAGUGUUAUUGGAAUUUCGAGAAGGUUGAGGAGGGUCGUACGAGCAUUAGGAUUCGUGAAAUUGCAUCAGACUGUUUAUCAUGCUCAGACGCCGUAUAUCGCAGGCAUGAUUCUAAAGAUAAAGGAGCUGGUUGAGGUCGAAAAUGUGGAUAAGAAACCAGAAAAAAAAGAAAAGGUUGUGGUUGAGAGAGGGUACGUUGUUAUUAAGAAGCAUCCGGCUGGGAGUGGGCAGAUAAACCAAUUGAGCCAGAUUGAGCCGAAGAGACGGACUAACAAGAUUAAGGAGAACGUCGGAACGGGUCGAGAAAAUAGAUUUUUGUUGUUUGACGAUGUUGAUAAGAAGUGA